CAAAACUCUGUCCUACUAGUGUGCAAUUUCGGGCCGAGAACUCGGCGAGUCGGCGUCGGUCCCACCAAAGCCGGCCUCGGAGAUAACAGCCCCGCAAUCCCUUGUCUGCCUACAGCUUAUGCCGGCCGGUCGACACAAGCCGACUUACACCUCCGAGUCAUAAAAUAAGUAUACAAUAGCGUCGAUGCCUCAACCACUUCCACACACUCGACAACCGCUUCUUUCGUCCUUUUUUAACCACCUAACCCCUCCCGUAAACCACGCAGUCGCUAGGAAGGAUAACAAAAAUGUCGCCGAAGCCCACCGCUGCAACACCAACCCUGACCCUCUUCCGCGGCUUCCCGCAACACGACCGCUACACCCCAUCGCCCUUCAUCAACAAACUCGAGACCCGUCUGCGCAUAGGCGGGAUUGCCUACCAGGUAGGCGUGGGCUCGCCCUUCACCGCGCCGCGCGGGAAAAUGCCAUACAUCGAGCUCCAGGACGCAGACAACGUCAACAGCAGUACCAGCCCCACGCCGCCCACAAAGCUAGGCGACACGGCACUGAUCACCCGCAAAUUGGUCGAGGAUGGGCACUUGGAAGAUCUCAAUGCGCGGCUGACUCCAACGCAGAGGGCGGCAGAUCUGGCGGUGCGGGCGUUAUUAGAGGAUAAACUCUAUUUCUUUCAGGGCCGCGAGCGGUGGGUAGACAACUACCACACGAUGCGGGACACGGUGCUCGCCUCGAUCCCGUACCCGCUCCGGCUGGUGAUUGGCCUGCUGGCCUACCGCAAACAUGCACGCACCCUGGACGGACAGGGCGUGCUACGUUUCAGCAAGGAAGAAGCUGCGGCAAUGCGGCUCGAGAUCUGGGAGAGCGUCAACGCCAUGCUUGUCGAGUCUCGCGCCCACGCCGCUAAUAAUAAGGCGGGCAACACUUCCGGCCCAUUCUGGGUCCUCGGCGGCGAGAGCCCGACCGAGGCGGACCCGGUUGUGUUUGGGUUUGUUGCUGCAGCUCUUGAUUGCAGGAUGGCUCCGGAGACUGAAAAGAUUGUUCGCGGUUUUCCUGUUGUGGUAGAGUAUGCGAAGAGGAUACACGAUAGAUACUUCAGUGACUUCAAGUGUUGGCGGGAUUAGACUUAGACCGAGGGCUGCCACAGCAAAAAUCGUCGUCUAAUACGUUUCUUGUUCUUUCUAGCAA